AUGACGUGUGAAGAAAUUGCAGAAUUGAAACAGAGGUUAGCAGCAGAAUUCGAGAUAAAAGAUCUUGGGAAUCUGAGAUAUUUCCUAGGACUAGAGAUUGCUAGAUCCCCUAAAGGUAUUAGUGUGUCACAAAGAAAAUACACUAUGGACCUUUUAAAGGAGACAGGGUUGUUAGGAGCUAGACCAGCUGAGACUCCUAUGGAACUAAACUAUAAACUCGAGAUUACAACCAGAUGGGAAGGCUACCAACAAGGAGCGUUACCAAAAAUUGGUGGGCAAACUCAUAUAACCUAUCCAUACCAGACCGGAUAUCUCUUAUGCAGUAGGGGGUGUGAGUCAAUUUAUAGUAAACCUCAAAAGAGCACACAUGGAAGCCAUAUACCGAAUCCUCAGACCUCUACUACGGGCUACUGUACUUUUGUGUGGGGCAACCUAGUAACAUGGAGGAGUAAGAAACAACCUGUUGUAUCUAGAAGUUCUGCAGAGGCAGAAUAUAGAGCUUUAGCUCUUGGAAUCUGUGAAGGAAUGUGUGGGUUGUACGGCUACUGCAGGAACUUGGGUUAG